CAUCCUACGUCAAACAAAAUGCUGCUGUCUUAUAUAAACAAGCUCAGGGUUGGAAGCAAAUGUUCAUUAUUUUUAAAGAUAUAAUAAAACACUGCAUAAAUAAAUAGAACUGGGCAACAAUGACGUUUCGCGAACAAAUGACAUGCAAAACACAGAUUGCUGUUUUGUGUGUUCUUGUAAAUCUCUGUUUGUAUAAAGCUGGAGUGGCAGGCCAGUCCACAUGUGCUCUAUCUCUCGAGCCGGAACCAGCGAAAGUGAUACUUAAGGAAGGCUUGACAUACACAGAUGAUAGUGUGUUAACGUGUUCUGACGGCAAAUGUGGCAAAAUUCCGCUUCGUAAUAUCCAAAACGCCUACCCAGACUCAUUCUCUAGCCAGGAAGUUGCAGAGAAUAAUACGGGGUUACAGUUUAACGACUAUAUUGAAAAGGUUCCAUCAGCAUGUGCCUUGGAAAAGCAAUCUGCAAAAAGCUCUUUAGCAACAUAUAUCAGUCCUACAUGUCGUCGUUUCUGGAGUGACCGUGAUGGCUGUUGCCCCACAUGGCGAUAUGUUACGUUUCACAAAGGUCCACUUAGAAACAUUUCCGGAAGAAAGUGCUACAUUCUUCAAAUCCCAUUUUUGAGACUGUACCAGUACAUAUCUGUUGGGAUUUGCGGAUGGAUGCAGGAAUGCAGUGGAAGAUGCAAACAACAAUACACAGUACAAUCCAUGUUAGCAUGGUGUCCAGGAUACAGCGGACUAAAGAUGCAUCAUUUUAGAAUUCCGACCUACUGCUCCUGUCAGAAAAGUUAAUCAAGAGAAGAAAUGAGACACAGUUCAUUAACAGUUUCUUGUUUUCACGUUUAUCUAUAUCUGUUUUGAAUUUUCGCGCGUGUCACACAUGCGGCGUGCAUGUGUUUACAUUUCAUUAUCUGUUAUAUGUAUAGAAUAAACUAACUAAAAUGAAUGAAUUUAAAGUUACUGUUAAAUGAAAGGUACUUUCGCACACUGAAAUCAAGGUAGACCAAACAUACAUUAUUACUUUUAGUCAUAUAAUUACACUAUACACUUACGCAAGGACUUUGAUAUCAGAUUAGAACAGAAUAUUUUUACUAAAGCUUGUUCAAAAACAAUCCGGUUGUGACAAAAAUAAGGUAAAAACAUGUGUAAAUAAAGGCAUUCUUUUUCUGGUGAAAAUUUUGUAUACAAACAAUAAACAUUUUUAUAUUUAUGCAUACGAGCGUAUGUAUCAAUGUAAAGAACGUAAUUGUCACAGUAUAAUGAGUAUUAAUGUUUGUAUGUGAUGUAUAUAACGAAUACUGAAAAAUGAUGUAAAAUGCGGAGAGUUUGCACCAUCUUAGCAGAGAACAAUAUAAGUUAACAGGUGAAUAAAACAUGAACCCUGAUAAGAAUACUACUUUUCGUUUAUAACUGCCAGUGAAACAUCUUGUGGAUAAAGAUCCUUACUGUAUUCUUCUAUCCACGUAAACCUGAGGUGUUGGUUCCAAAACGAAUGAAGUGGUCAUAAUUCAUUUGUGCCUUGAAUUAUCAACAUAAUGUGUUACUUCUAAAAUGGCUUGAGCGCACUUGUAUUCUUUUGGCACAUUUGUACCUUACAUAAUGUAUCAAAACGUAUAUCGCCAGAAGGAACUAUGUGCGCUUAUAUCUUUCUGGUUUUCACUUUAAUGCACAUAUAACGUUCUGGCUAAGCACUUAUUGCGACAAGGUUCUCAUUGAUAGCUUAAACUGAUACGGUUUCAGAGAUCAGGGCAAAUGAAAGAGCUCUUAAAACGGUAUUAAAAGUCUCAAAAAGUGAUAUUCAGUAAAAACAUGGACCGUUUUGGCUAAGUACAACCCCUCGAAGUGAAUUCCGAAACUACACUUUGUUUUAAAAUUUGUCUUCUGCAUUAUCAACUCAUUUCAUAAUUAUUAGCAAUAGCCAAUUCAAAGAACAACAUUCCAGGAUUAAUGUAAUUUUGCUACUUUAUUUUUCAACAAACUUUUAAUCUAAAAUUUAAGGAUUUCCCUUUUUGGAAAGAACCAGUUUAAUCCCCUUUAAGCAUAUAUACAAAAACAAUCAGAUACAAGCCGCUAUCAUACGAACUUAAAAAAUCUUGAAUUUACGCGGUUUCUGACAUGAAAACUCCGGAUAUACAUGAAACAUCACAUUCGCAAGGAGUUUAAGUGACUUUCAAUGUAUGUUAAUUUCGGCUCUCCCUUCUAUCUGUCUUUCAACGUUGUUUUCAUGAUUACGUGGACCUGUCAUGCAAUAUAUAGGUUGUACCUAGGGAAGAAUAACUCAUAACUGAAUGAACUGAUUAUCUCUACAAAUGUUUAUUUCAGUACAAAACAGACAGCACUUUGUUUACAUACAUGAAUAACACAUUGUAUAAACGUACAUUUUAUAUCAACAUGUUCAUUGCCGUACAAAAUAGACAGAACCCUGUUUAUAUACAUGAAUAAAAUAUUGUAUAAAUGUG